AUGAGCUGCUUUUGAUGGCGGCAAAGCAAGACUCGGAAGAUAUUCUCGAGGAUAUAUUUUCUCAGCCUGACUCUUAUGAUAUAAAUUACUCGGACAGUGUAGGAAACACUGCUCUUCAUUACGCAGCUCAACGUGGUUCCCUCGCUGCUGUUGAUUUGCUCUUACAGCAAGAAGAUAUUAAUAUUGACGCUCAAAAUCGACUUGAGCUUGAAACUCCACUGCAUAUGGCAGUUAAAUAUACUGAUGAUCCCUCGGUCGCUUUCGAAAUUGUACAGUUAUUAGUCAACAACGGUGCUGACCCGAGAAUACAGAAUAAGAACAAACAACGUCCUAUACAAUUGGUUGAUUCAAAUAAUCAAGAAUUAAGGAAUUUACUUCAAAAAGCGACUUUGGCGCUUCAAAUGGAUACAAGUGACAUUGCGCAAGAUGAUUCAAAUGAGGACGAUGAUCCACCAAGCGAUGAUUUUAGUGAUGAUGGCGACGACUAA